AUCGCUCACCCUGCUGGACUGCCGUAUAUCACGUUUCCAACAGGAAUAGAAUAAUUUUACCAUGUUUACUAGAUGUUCAGCAACAUUGCUGCGAAGGUACUGCUCUACAAGCAGCUCAUCAAAAUUGGCCGAAACGAUCGCUUCAUCCAUUGACGGUGUGGACAAGGCAAACAUUGGUGCCCUGCUAGCUACCGUACCAGAACUAACCAAAUACGCUCCAGAGCAAUGGUACCGCACAGUGAAUCAACUCGCCGCCGAAGGUUUGGAGGUGGAAAAAAUGCUUUCCAUUAUCGGUGGCCACCCGAGCAUAUUGAUAAGGCCGCCGGAAAAGAUCGCGGAAAGCCUUCACUGUUGGCGAUCCUGCCAGUUUGGAGAUGUGCACAUGAAAGUGCUGCUAUCGGCUCAUCCCUACUUGCUGGAAUACACAAAUCAUGGUCAGCUGGCGCAACGUGUCGCCUUUCUUCACUCCCAUUUUGAGACACGUAAAAACGUGUAUCGAUUGUUUCUGAAUGCACCGAACCUGGUUGUGGAUGAGCACCACGUGACGGAAGCGAAGAUCCUCUAUUUGAUGCAAACCAUGCGACAUGAAGUGCUGGAAGUGGUGAAGUCUUGUGCCUUUGCCUAUGACCUGGACCAUUUACGCUGUCGGCAUACAUUUCUGGAGCGGUUGGGAUUGUUUAAGCCGCGUUCGCUGAAGGUGGAUAAAAGUACACCAACCGGCAAUCCGCCGGUUCAUCAGAUUACUGACACGAGCGAUAAGCGGUUUGCGGUGAAAGUGGCUUACGUUACGCUGGAAGAGUACGAAGUGUUUCAGGAGUUGUUCCGGCGCGAGAUGGGACAGGAUGACGAACGGUACGACAUGGACAAUGAACUAGAUCCGGAUGAAAUGGAAUGUGAACCUAGUAAAAGUGCGUACCGUAAGAAAGGUAGGUAGACCGUGGGCCAGUAGGUGUAGUGUAUAGUUAUGUAUGACUGUAUAACUAUACAGGCAAUAAAGAUACGCGUUUGCAAUGAUUAUAAUGCGAUAGGUAAACAACGGUCGACUGUCGUUAUAACAUGACUUCGUUUAUUAGUUUGUUUAAAGUGAACAGUUUCACUUGCCGAUACAUCAUAUAUAAUCGAGGUUAAAGUUACAAUCAGUAGUCGUAAAGAACAAUCGAUAAUUUUCAUUAUCCAAUUAGAGAAAGCGUUUGGCGCGCGCGCAUAUUUGUU